AUGGACGACCAUUGGAGCACAGAUGUCGAGGAUUGCCCACCCAUACUAUCAAUGAACCCAGAUGACGAUGACGGCUGGGGUUCUGAUGAAGAUGGCUGGGGUUCUGAUGAAGAUGGCGACGCUAGCAGUCACCGAUCGACAACAUCAGCAAAUCCGGACACCGACGAGGGCUGGGAAGGUCCCGUCGGAGGCCAGGAAGGCCCAACAAUGGACGACCACUCCUUGGUGGGCCUCGACGUCCACGAGGUUUCCUCGUAUAGUGCCCAUGGCGUGGCUCACAAACCGCUGACGUCGACGACCCUGGGAUCGGCUAUAGCAGCCCUCGAUGUCCCGAUGGUCGAGCGACUGCUGAGAUCAUCGGAUGCCCAGAUCCGCGAUUCAUUCGGGAACUCACUACUCCAUCUCGUAGCGCUACCUACACCGAAAGAAGUAAUCAAGCACCCUCCUCGGCCAUGGUCGGAGUUGGUCCAGGCCGCGAGUCAUAUAAUCAGUCUCCUCAUCUCGUGCGGAACCCACGUUGACACUCGCAACAACGAAGGGCUGACUCCUCUUUUCUGCGCCAUCUGGUUGGAUAAAUGGCGAUUCUUCCCAGUCGAACAUAGAUCUGGUGCGCCCGACUGGACAAUCUGGUCUUCAGGCCACGUGAUUACUGCUCUUCUCGAUGCGGGAGCCAGUCCAGUCGUGACGCGAAUAGGGGAUUUCGGCAGGCCUUAUAAAGCUUCAUUUUUGAACGCAUGGAUUAAUAUGGAGCCUUCAUACUCCGGGUGUCCUGAUUUCUACGACGAUAUUCUCAGGUCCAUCAUUGCGAGAAUGCCCAGUCUUAGCGAUAGAUCGGUCGCCCCCUCCCUUCCGUUUAUGUUCGGAAAAAUCAGGCACGUUUCUCACGUUCUCCGAAUCAUCUUGGACUCGAACCAUCCUUAUCCACUGGACGUGAACGCAAUAAACUUUGGAACAACACCUCUUCUGAGAGCUUUGGGCAUGAACCUUGCCCGCGAGUUUGGUAAAAACGAUAUCGAGAACGAGAAGAGAGAGGCCCGCGAGAUCAUCGACUUAGCUACUCUGCUCUUGGACGCCGGAGCUCGUCCAGACUUUGUAUCCGUAGAUGGCUCGACAGCGGUUUCGUGUAUUUUACAUCGAAGAAACGAGUACGAGGAACCAGUCGCGGAUAUUUUGCGUCAUAUAGUUGGCUGGAACGCCCGAUUCAACGAAGAUGAGAUGUCGCACUCUAAAUUGGUUGAAAUAACCCCAACGUCCGUCUUAGCUGAGUUGCUAUAUGACGGGAAACUUUUACUGGCGUCUCUCUUGAUGAAGUACGGCAUGAAGGGGCGGCAUCAUGAGAAACUUGGUGCCGAAUCGGUUCCUCGUGUGAUAUUGCGUCAAAAGCCCAAGACCGUGGCGGACAUCGUAUUGUGCGGAAAAGGAAAGACGAACGAAUACUACACCGAACUGGAUCGUUUCUCAAUGAUAUAUCAUGAUGAAAUCGGUGCUCCUGUACAAGGACCACUGGGAAGGGAGGGAAGUGACAGCGGAAAUAACGUGGGCCCAACUACGCAGAGGAAUAAGUGGAAUGACGAAACAAAUGGCAACCCUCUACGCACGGCCAUCCACGAGCUCGGAAGCGAUUUCGUUGAAUUGAUCAGAAGAAACUUCAUAACUGGCACGCUGUUUGACUUCUGCUUCGUCGAUAUGCCAGAAGACCCCCCCAAGCCCAAUUGGCGUCGAGAUACUUUCCACUGUGUUCCUCGGACUAGGGAGUUUACUUCCGAAUCUUCAUACGGUCUCCGUCGAGUCCGCUCUACAAGCUACCUCUCGGAUAGACGCUGGCCCGCGGACGCGGCGACUCGGGUUAAGAAUUUUUUUCGAUACCAGGCUGAUCUCUUUGCAUCUCAAGGAUGGAUGGCAAUGCCUUUCAUCAUGGACGAGCUUCGGUUUGCGGAUUCGGAAAAUGGCUGA